UAAAAACAAAGUAAAGUCAGCGUGGGAGGGACAUGUCAUCUUCGUGUGACCAUUUUCGUCGGCAGUUACAGUGUUUAGAAGAUUUUUAAGAAAAAAAUCUUGAAAACUGUUGAAAGAUUACACAAAAUCGGUUACUUUUCUGGUGGAAUAAUUGAGAUCAAGCAUAAUGCAGCAUGUAAUAAAUACAGUGAAAGGUACUGCUCUUGGAGUUGCCGAAUAUUUCUCGCCAGUGCUCAAGGAAUCAAAAUUUAAGGAGACUGGUGUGUUAACUCCAGAAGAGUUUGUGGCAGCAGGUGACCAUAUUGUACACCACUGCCCAACCUGGCAAUGGGACAAGGGAGAAGAAUCAAAAGUGAAACCUUAUCUUCCAGCUGACAAACAGUUUUUAAUCACCCGCAAUGUGCCAUGCUACAAGCGGGUGAAGCAGAUGGACAACCAUCAGGAAGAACAGGAAAAGGUCAUUGAAGAGGAGGAUGAAGACGGCGGUUGGGUGGACACUCAUCAUUUUGCCGCUUCUGAUGCUGUUGCAAGUAUACAAGAAGGUGUCUCAGAAAUGGUCCUAGAUUCAAAGGAAAGCCAGCCAUCUGUACCUGUGUCUUAUGAUGAUGACGAUGACGAUGAUGGUGAAGCAGAGGAUAUGGAAGCUUUUGAAAGGAGUGGGAUGCUUGAUAAAAUUGACCGGAGUGCAUUAGUCAUGGAACAGUCUUCAAAUGCUGAGGCUUCACUAGAUAGCGCUGGUGGUGGGGAAGUUGGGAUUGUCCAGACACGAACUUAUGACCUGCAUAUCACUUAUGACAAGUACUAUCAGACACCUCGCCUGUGGCUAACUGGCUAUGAUGAAAAUAAGAAGCCCCUUUCAGUAGAACAGAUGUAUGAAGACUUCAGUCAAGAUCAUGCCAAGAAGACUGUUACCAUGGAGACCCAUCCACACUUGCCUGGUCCACCCAUGGCUUCUGUUCACCCAUGCAGGCAUGCUGAAGUGAUGAAAAAGAUCAUCCAGACAGUAGCUGAUGGAGGGGGAGAACUAGAUGUUCAUAUGUAUUUGAUGAUCUUCUUAAAGUUUGUGCAGGCCGUCAUCCCAACAAUAGAGUACGACUAUACACGUCAUUUCACCAUGUGAUCAUGUUGCUGCAAACCCAAGAGAAUCCUGGCCAUCCAAUCAGAAAAAAAUUAUACCCAGAUCCAGAUGAUAAUGCACACUUGGACACAAGGAAAUAAGGCAUUUUUUAAAAGACGGAAGUCAAAUAAUACAUGCAAUUCUUGCAUAUUCAAACUACUUUCUUGUUAUGACAUUGUGCAUCUGAGACAAAAGUUCACUGACUUGUCUUUUAAGUGUGUGCUUGAUUGUCCUAACCUCAUGUUUAUUUGUCAUUUGGACAGUAUUCCAUUUCUGUUGGAUCUUGAAAGGAUUUGAGUUUUUUGAUGUUGGACAGUGAAAUGUGUCUGGUUGGGUGCUAUAGAAUGUAAGUGGUUAGAGAUGAGAAAGAUAAGAAACAAUAUACCAGUCUGGAGUGUUACAAAUUUAUUCAUAAAUUAUUUUUACCCUAGCUCAAGGAUGCUUUCCUGAUGUUACUGUAUCUUAUGUUUUGCUUUUAUUUUCAGUUUCCUCUCUAUGUUUUCACAUUUCAUUCUUAGAUAAAUUGUCUUGAAUUAUGUAUUUUCCCAACAUUUUAGCCAGAAUAAAUUCUUAGUGAAUAACAAAAAAAAAAUGUACCUAAAAAAAUUACAGAGCCAGAAUUUAGAAAUUUUAUUGACGUUUUAAAGAAUAUGAGUGGUCCAGUGCUGUCAGAUGUGUAACUUUCUUUUUUGAAAUUCUUGUUUACUGAGCGGAUAAUAUACAUUUGUAAUUAAUUUCCAAGCAGUUCAAAAGUUAUGGAAGAUUUGUUUCCUACUUGUGUAUGUUGGUUCAGGAGAGACUGAAAUUUGUAAUCACCUUUUCUGCACAUUUUACACAAUGUUUUGUCUAGUCUUUGUGAUGUUGGGGAGAAACUGAUGCAUAUAUGCAUAUUUUAAGCUGCUUGUAUAUGGCUUCUAAAAACAGGUUUCCAACAUUCAAAUAGAUUACAGAGAGCUGAGUCCAGAUGUUCAACACAUCCCUUUUUGGGUAGUUGGUGUAUUUGGUCUAAAUGCACACGAAAAUGUUCUCUUUGGCUAUCUUAGCUUGCAUCUAACAGUAUGCUGAGCAGUUGGCCUCCUGGUAGAAAUUUUCUACAGAUAGUUUACCAGGAAGAGGUUAGUGUCUUGUCUUGAUUGUCACACCUGCUGCCCAGUUUAUCUUGUGUCUAUAGCCUCAACCAGUUAUUGACAGUGUCUUUUGUUUGGGUUAAUCUCAAUCAGUGUUCGACCUGCUAAUAUAUUUGAGCAGCAGGUGGGCACUUCUCGCAAGCAUAAUUCAAGCAGAAGCUAGUGUCUGAACAGUCAAGCCUGGGGAUCUUUGAAAAAAUAAUUAUUGAGAAAUGUGCAGGCAGCCACCUCUCCCCCCUUUCCAUUCACUAGUACUAGUGAACUAAGCCUGGGUUUUCUUCUUUUAUUUUGUGAAUGUUAACUAUUUUGUCAGAGAUUGUUCUGAGAUGAUGGUGUCAUAACUAACUUUUUUUUAGUUAGCUGCAGAUUGUAUAUCCAGCCUUCAGAGUGUGUUGCAACUUGCCUGUUAACUAUUUCAGCUGGUACAAUGUGUAAUGUUUCGAUUAUAGCAUUAUUCAAGUUCUGACUGAAUUGAAUCUUUACAGUGAUAGCUCAUUUUCAUGCUCAAAAACUGUGAUGCUGGAAAAUAUCUGUUGUUAAACACGAAUAUUGCAUGGUGUAUGCCUGUUUCUUUACCUUGACAUCAGAGUUCUGCUUUUAUCAUUUGUUAUAGUUUUGACAUUUCAAGACUUGUCUACUCCUGCAGAUUGAAGUUUAACUGCACCACUGACUUCAGAAUGAACGAGGCGCAUGCUUUAUCAUUACAUAUAUAUAUUUUGUAUUUUGUAUUCUUUGUUAGUCAUGGCAAUUGGUGGCAAAUGUGGUUUUAUAUGGAAGAUAAAUAAGAGUUAAAGCUGACAGAAUAUUCCGAGACUUUUAUGUACUUUUGUUUUUCUUGUUAAUGUUAAAAUGAUUUAAUAUACAUGUAAGAUGUACAGGCAUGGUUAAUAGGGACUGCAUCUUUCAGUGUAAAUCUUGAACAACUGUUUUCUUAAAUACAUUCAUUAAUAUACAACUUACAACUACCUAUAUGUCUUGGCCUAAAAUACAAAUUAAAAGAUGCACUAAAAUAGCCACUUAUGACUUGUAAGGGCCUAAGUAAACAAUAAAAUAAUAUUAUUUCUGUGUA